AUGAAACCUUCAACAACUUCAACACUCCUCACUUGCGAACCAAAGAAGAACCAACAAGAAAACAGAACACUCUGCCUUUGAACUCCUCUGCUGUCUGCUCUGUUCUCAUUUAAGGCACGGCCUGGAUUCCCCUCUAUGAAACUGAACAGCAAGCUCUCAUCACUGACUACUAUGGCUAUAGUCUCUCCCUCUUCUCCGAUCCGAGAAAGCGAUGCUAUUGCUGCCCGAUCUUUCACCGCACACAAGUUUGUGUUUGAGUGAGGAGGCCUGAAAAGCACAGAUCUGUAAAUCAUAUUCAGCCUCAGCUCUCGAUCUCUCUGCUUUCGAUUCGGUUCAUCUGAUGGAGUCGUUUCGUUACGGGGCAGCGCUCAAAGUCGCACGAGCCAAGAAAAGUGAUAAGAACUUUUUGUUCCAUCUGAAGAAGAUCGCGAACUUGUUCCGGGUGAUGGAGCUGUUUGUCGUGUUGGUGUUGUUGUCGAGGUUCUCCACUCAACUCCCUGAAGCUGUCAAAAGCUCCGGCAAGUACUUCACGGACUUGAAGCUCGCGGUUUUGAGCCCCUGUUUCAUCUUUGUGCUCGGGAAUGUGAUAGUCAUCACUCUCUUGGCAAAGUCAGGGCGAUUCUCGGGCAAAGACACUGGCUCUAAGAAUGACUUUUACGAUGAAUUCAUUGGCAAGAGCGAACGCUUGAAUCAUGGUACAAUUCUGAAACUCAGGGAUUCGGACUACCAGGACAAGCAAGUCAUAUUCGAGAAAGUUGUCCCGUCCAAAGAUGUCAAUGGUUCCAGCUAUUCAGAGGCGACAAAGACUGCUGCUUACAGGAGGAGCCAGUCGGAUAAAAUCCUUCACAGGCAGAAUGAGAAGCCGAAACGUGAACUGAAGCGAUCAGUCACAGAAAAGUGUGUGAAAAGGUUCCAAUUCAGCGAGAAACUUUCGAUUGAAGGUCCGUUCCCGGAGGACUCUAUGAGCAACGAUGAAUUUCGGCAAACCAUUGAGGCUUUCAUUGCUCGGCAGCAGAGGUUCCUAAGGGGCGAGGAGUAGUAUUCUGUCAUGUAAAUUCCCCAAAAGAUUUCGGGUGGGAUAUUAAUUAGUAUUAAGUCCGAUAAUGUUUUUCUUGCAGAGUCAAGGGUUCUGUAAAUGUUUUUUUUUUCUUUUA